AUGGCAACUUUCCAAAAGAAAUUUGCUAUUCCGGAGGGUAAACCAGCUGGAGUGAUGUGUAAAAGCGCCAAUAAAUACAUUACAAAAGGAUUCCCAGUUGUUGUAUUCAGUCAUGGACUAUCUGGUCACUUCUUUGCCUAUAGUGGUAUUUGUAGUGAUCUUGCUUCUCAUGGUUAUGUUGUUGCUGCUGUUGAACAUAAAGAUGGCUCGGCUCUACUUGCUUCUGAAAAGAGUAGUACCAGGUCCUGGAGUUCAAGUGGGGACAAUAUGACCAAUAUGUUGAUGAAUGGGAUCCCCAAAACAAUGAAGUUAUGCCUAUUUCUGAUAAUCAAAUGGGAAAUGCUGAUUAGACAGCGUGCUAAAGAGGUGCGACAAGCCUUAGAUAUACUACACCUCCUUAAUGAAGGUGGUGAUGUACAUGACAUGUAG